CGUUCAUAUAGCAACAAGACCACUUUACGUGAAGUGGUUUUCCCUUUCGGAUGAUCAAAUGGGAACGCUAGCAAAGCGAUCUUCCCGAAACGGGUUUCCAGUAAACUAGUUUUAGAAAGUAUAGUGAACUUCAGACAAUUUGAUGGUGCAUAAUAACAAAAAAUACACUUGUGAACGGGAUAAAAAUAUUUGGAGUUGAAACCAGCGAAAAAAUACACGGUAGCGCUGAGCGAUGUCGCUCUCGUAAGCUUUGAAAUCGCACUUGCAAACCCAAUAGAGAGAGCGAUCGGGGGAAAAAAAAUUGCUCCCGUGAUCUUGUGUACAGUAACUAGCUCGGCCAUUCGUCCGCUGUCUUCCCUUCGUGCGUGGGUUAUAACGUGCACGUAAUGUACCAUUCACAUUCACAAUGCUCAGCGCAGUGAGCGCGCUAGUACGGUACGUACGGUAGAUGAAAAAAUGGCAGCCGUGUUUUGCUGCCCUCUACGUUCAAUGAGGUGUGCUUUUAUCAAGGCUUUCCGAUUAGAAUUUUCGAUAUCCUGGCGAAUCAAUGCGAGCGACAAGUUCCGAACGCAAGCACAUAGAUUACAAGCGCAAAGCAGCGGCACAAAUCGCGAUAUAUAGCGACUGGUAAAUACAUCUGUAAGGUUGAUGACGUCAUCCAAGAUGGCAACUUACGUUGACCAACGAAAGAUGACGAUGUUUCGAUAUCAUUUGAAAGGAAUUAGUGGUAACUGUGGUCUAAGGUACGAUACUUCUGAAUUUUAUACAUUUUUUCGUAAAUAUGGAUGUAAUUUCUUUUUCAUAAUGUGACAUUUUAUGUACAAAAAAAUGAUCGGAAAAUCGGGUUUCUGAAUAUUAGAUCUAACGUUACUGCUAAUACGUUGUCUGUACGUACGGGCCUCCAAGGUCUUCAGUCUGUGUAUUGGUAAGUGAGCCAACGCAGUUCAGCGGAACAACCAAAAUACAGAGACUGUUCAGCUUUUGGUCUACUGCCAGGCCUGUCGUGCGUAUGCUGCUCGCUCCGGUCCCCAUCGGAAAGGCUUUGGUGAUCAGUUCAUUUCAGGCUCUAGUCACGUGAAAAAGCAUUCAGCUAUGAGGCACGGGAAAAGUAUUUCGCACCAGAUUGCAUACGCUAAGUUUUGUUUUGAAUUUUGUAUGAGAUUUUUAAUGACCCAGUCCCACAUGCACAUGAAUAAAAGUGUAAUGUAAUAAUGGUAUUCACCUCCCCCCCCCCAACUUAACUAAAGAUUCAUGUAGGGAUUGCAGUCAAUACAUAGGAUUCUAAGGGAAAAGAACACUGCUAUAAAAAAAAUAUCUUGAUGAAAUAAGGUAAUUUUUUUAAAUAUUUAAGCUCAAAAUUAAUAAAAUCGAAUUUGAUGUAGCAAUUUAGCAUGUACAUGUACAAGUAAUUUCACUUGGGCCACCGGGCCUGGUAACCAAGGAGACAUGAGAUUCCACUCAUAAUCCACUGUAUCUUAGUUUUGUAUAUUCAAAGGUAAAGUAAACAUAAUACUGUUCUGGACUUCUGGAGUGAUAUGGAGUCUGGAUCUAUGGUAUUAGCAUAGAGCUAUGGUUUAGACGGCAACACCACGUACCUCGUCGGGGCUUAGUAUGGCCAUAUUUCAUGUACCUCCACAGUCCACUGCAAUCUGUCGUUUUGCAGAAGCUCAUGUGUAUGACACAUUUGAUACCACAUACCAGGCUUUGAAAGUUUCUUGAAACAAAAAUAAAGCUUUUUGUCUCACCUGCAUAGCAGAGUGAGACUAUAGGCGCCGCUUUUCCGACGGCGACGGCGGCGGCGGCGUCAACACCAAAUCUUAACCUGAGGUUAAGUUUUUGAAAUGACAGCAUAACUUAGAAAGUAUAUGGACCUAGUUCAUGAAACUUGGCCAUAAGGUUAAUCAAGUAUUACUGAACAUCCUGCCUGAGUUUCAUGUCACAUGACCAAGGUCAAAGGUCAUUUAGGGUCAAUGAACUUAAACCAUGUUGGGGGAAUCAACAUCAAAAUCUUAACCUAAGGUUAAGUUUUUGAAAUGUCAUCAUAACUUAGAAAAUAUAUGGACCUAGUUCAUGAAACUUAUACAUAAGGUUAAUCAAGUAUCACUGAACAUCCUGCAUGAGUUUCACAUCACAUGACCAAGGUCAAAGGUCAUUUAGGGUCAAUGAACUUUGGCCGAAUUGGGGGUAUCUGUUGAAUUACCAUCAUAACUUUGAAAGUUUAUGGAUCUGAUUCAUGAAACUUGGACAUAAUAGUAAUCAAGUAUUACUGAACAUCCUGUGCAAGUUUUCAGGUCAUAUGAUCAAGGUCAAAGGUCAUUUAGGGUCAAUGAACUUUGGCCAAAUUGGGGUAUUUGUUGAAUUACAGCCAUAAAUUUGAAAGUGUGUUGGUCUAGUUCAUAAAACUUGGACAUAAUAGUAAUCAAGUAUCACUGAACAUCCUGUGCGAGUUUCAGGUCACAUGAUCAAGGUCAAAGGUCAUGUAAGGUCAAAGAACUUUGGCCACGUUGGGGGUAUUUGUUGAAUUGCCAUCAUAUCUCUAUAAGUGUACUGGUCUAGUUCAUAAAACGUGGAAAUAAGAGUAACCAAGUAUCACUGAACAUCUUGUGCGAGUUAUAGUAGUUUUCAAAAUCAGCACUGCUGCUAUAUUGAAUCGCGUGAUGCAGGUGAGACGGCCAGAGGCAUUCCACUUGUUUCUCCUUAGAAUGUUGAAAUAUUGAAUAAGUGUAUCUCACUGUCUUCAUCACUUCAUCUGUUUUUUCUAUCCACAGUAUCCAACAGAAUUGCGCACACGCCUCACAAUAAAAAGAAACUUUUAACAUAAUUCAGCUCUUCACCAAAGAUUAUGUUAGUCGUAUUCAUGGAAUGAUGAAAUUAAACGAUUUCAUGUCAUACCACGUUCCUCAUUUAUUAUGAGCAUUAAGCAUUUGUUCCUAAGGAAACUGCACACCAAAUUAUGCUUAUUUACUAAUCAAAAUCCAUGAGAAGUGUACUCUAUUCUAUUGGAUACUGUACAAAACAUAUUGAAUACCAGCCUUUCAUGUAUUAUUUUACAGUUGUAUAGUAACCUCUCUUUAUCUAUUCUUUCAAAGUUUCAGGAUCACUCACACAGCCACAUAAAAAAUUUGAUAAUCAGAUUUUUCUACAAUAGCACUGAAUAAAGAAAAAUUGCAAUAUAUAUCUAAGUAAAUCAUUCAUUACUUUUAAUAGGAAAAAAAUAGUAGAGAUGGCACAUUAAAUCAAAUGGCAUUAUUGCAAUCAUUACUUUUGUUGGUAAAAGAAAUAAAGAAAUAGUAUGGAUGGCACAUUAAAAUACAACAAACAAUACUUCAAAUUUAACUUGUCUAAAAUGAUAAUAAUUACAAAUGAUAUAUUUCCUUUUUUUUAUUUUAAUAAUGGCUAUAGCAAAUUAAAAAAUGGCUCUUGGAAAUUGAAAAAUGGCUCUUUUUUUUCCCUGGUUGAAACUGAAAGCUCUCGAUUAAACAAGAUAAUUUGUUGGUACUCUUACAUCAGGAUGUGUAAAUAAAGAUCUUACUUGAUUUUGUACUUGUGUAGGUUAUAUAAUUGACAUAAUGGCUAACAAGUUGAUCUUUACUGCAAUAAAAUAAUCAAAUUAUCAUAGAAAUUGUUAGUGUGAAUUCUGAAACUGAAACGGACCUGAAUGAUGGUUAAUGAUCAAUCUUUUUUAACUCGGUCACGCAAUUUUCAUGAAGUGGGGCUUAAAACAAUGAAAGGUAGUUUUUGCUGAAGCCUCUUCAUCAUGCACAUUUGUCAUUUGUCAAGAAUAAUGAUAUUAUUCUUUGUUAUAGUUGAAGCCUCUUCAUCAUGCACAUUUGUCAUUUGUCAAGAAUAAUGAUAUUAUUCCUUGUUAUAGUUGAGAGCAGCAUUUGAUAAAAAGAAAACUUUUGUUGAAAUGACGCCACUUCGCUGAACACUUUCAUGAACAUCGAAGAUGGAUACCUGUACCUUAUGUUUGUUUGCUUGCCUUAUUCUGUGGAAUAAUUGUGUUGGUGUUAAUGCCUUAGGAACGCCCAAGUGUGCUUCCAUUACAAAGACUGUGGCAACGUGCUCUCAUCUGAACCUCACCUCUGUACCUCGGUCCCUACCAAACACCUUAGAAGUACUGGACCUCUCGUAUAACAACCUCACAAUUCUUCACAAUGAGUCCUUGGAAGGGUACAUCCUCCUUCGGAUUCUGAACGUCUCUCACAAUUUCAUCCAUGUCGUCGACAGCGGCACUUUUACAAAUCUCAGCAGACUUGAGAAGAUCAUUUUGAACGACAAUGCUGUGUGCAAUGUCUCCGAAAAUCUGUUUGUGAACAGUCCAAGCAUUUCAACUUUGAUUCUUUCUCACAACAAUUUCUGGAAGAUUCCACGUCUGAAUGGACUUUGUGAUGAUACAUCUUGGACAGGGAGCGCAGGAUUGUCCAAGCUGAGAAAUAUAACCUUGAUUGACUUCUCACACAACAGAUUGACAUCAGUAGAAGAAACAGACUUUGAAUCUUUCAGUAACUGCUCCAUUUACCAAUUCAACUUGGGGGAAAACGAGUUGACACAUUUCCCAAAGAGGGUGUUUUCACGUUUCUCUUGGAUAGAAAAACUCGACGUGAGUUAUAUAAACCUUGGAAAAUUUCAGGUUUCUUCCUUCUUAGGAAUUAAGAAUAAAAGAAUAUCAGUCCAAAGAUCACAGAUUGUUUCUAUCAUUCCUUUGAAUGAUUCUACUAACGUUUCAAGUGAACAGUUCCCCAAAACUAAAAUAUUAAAUUUGAGAUAUAACAACAUUGAAAAGGUCCCUGAUUUUGCCUUCUUGGGAUUCAAGUACCUGGAGUUCCUUGCUCUUACUGAAAACAGAAUAUAUGAUAUGUCAAACAAAUCUUUCUGUGGAAUGAGAAUGCUGGAAACAUUGCAUUUGUCUCAAAACAAUAUCAAAGGUCUUCUGCGUGGGGCUUUCACUUGUCUUGGAAAUUUGAAAUAUAUCAACUUGGCAAUGAAUAGCUUGUACACCCUAGAUCCUGCAUGGUUUGCAGGUUGCACAUCACUCAGAUAUCUGGAUCUAUUCAGAAGCGACAUUAGUAAAAUAGAACAUGGUUCCUGGAACACCACAAAUUUGCAGAUACUUAACUUGUCAUUUAAUAAUCUGAAGUAUAUUUUGAGACUCAUGUUUACGGGCCUGUCUCGCUUGAAGAUUUUGAGACUGGAAGGGAAUAAACAACUUAACAAUAUUUCCAAUGACACUUUUAGAGAGAUGACAGCUCUCACUACUCUUACAAUGGAGGACAUUAGCGGGGUUUUUCUGGAUGAUACUCUUGCAGAGAUGAGGAACCUUGUCUUCUUGGACUGUUCUUACAUUUCUUCCCAUGGGGUAAAGUUUGCUUCCAUGCAUCAGUUUACACACACCCCUGCAUUGAAAAUUUUAAAUGUGUCUCACUCAAAUAUUGAAUAUCAUGAUUUGGUGAACAAGGAAACUAAAGAAUCGUUAUUCGAUGGGUUGAUAUCACUCCACACUCUCAGAUUGAGCGGGAAUAACCUCUUGGUGACUUUGCCCAACGUGUCCUGGAUGUUUUCUCCUCUACAGCAGAUGAAGUUACUUGACCUAACUUCUUGUUCAUUGGCUACAAUCACAUCACUGGUUUUCAAGAAUUUGACUGGACUGGAAGUGCUCAGGCUAAAUUCCAAUAAGAUUGUGAAUAUUUCUAAACAUGCAUUCCAGAAUUUGCACCAUCUGCAUGAUCUGCUUCUCCAAUACAACAAACUAAGAUCAAUAGAUAAGGACUUGUUCAAAGGCACAAGAAGUCUAAAACGACUCUACCUACAGAACAAUCAGAUAUUUACAAUCACAGCUGAUAUGACUAUGCCGCCCCCUUUGAUCAGUCUAGCAAUUUCAGGAAAUCCAUUCACCUGUAACUGUCAGCUGUCUUGGUUUAUGAAUUGGCUUCGUACCACCAAUGUGUCUUUGGGAUAUGAGGAAGAAAUUCUCUGUUCUAGUAAUUCAUUCAGUGGGCUUCAUGACAAGCCAGUUUGGUCAUUUCAUCCAGAAGAAUACUGCGACAUCAACAUCAUCCUAGUUUCUUGUGUUAGUAUUGCCAUUGUUGGAGUCGCCUUUCUUUCUCUUUUGGUGUAUUACAAGCGCUGGUGGUUCAACCACAAGAUUUUUCUUCUAAAACUAGCCGUCAUUGGCUAUGAUGAAAUCACAGACGAUGCUGAUCCAGAGGACUAUGAAUACCAGCUUAACAUCAUGUUCCAUGAUGAUUAUGCCCAGUGGGUUAAUGAAAUCUUGAGACCUGCACUUGAAGAAAGGAUGCCUCAUCUGCAGAAAGUAGCCUUUGGAGAUGAAGCCCUUCAUCCAGGGAUGUACUAUCUCAAUGCCUUAUAUCAUAAUCUUGAUAACAGCUUCAAGACAGCAUUGUUGAUAAGUAAUGAGUCAGUGGAUGAUGCUUGGUUCAUGACCAAGCUACGAAUGGCCGUUGAGCAUGUGAACGACACCAAGUUGGACAAAAUCAUCUUGAUUUUCCUGGAGGACAUCCAGGAAGCAAAUUUACCAUAUCUUGUAAGACUCUUGCUAAGUAGGAACAAACCUUAUUUGUUAGUCACAGAAGAUGAAGAUGGUCAAGAGUUGUUUUGGGCUCAGUUUGAAAAAGAAAUGAGGGCAAACAAGGUUAUCAACAGUGUUAUUCCAAUUUAAACAUUCAAGAUUUCAAUGAGUUGCUGUUGAUAUUGGGUUCCUGAAGGGCUUGUGUUUGGUUCCAAUUUGAUUUAUGUUUAUUCAGAAUUUAAUUGAAUUUAUUUCAUUUCAUAUCUUCACUUUUUUUAUGCCUGUCCUAGACGGGACGUAUUAUGGUAUCACGCUCGGUGUCCGUCCAUUGAUCCGUCCGUUAACUUUUCCUUGUAAAUGCGAUAACUUCAGUUUGACCUAACCUAGGCUCAUAUAAUUAGGUUUGUAUGAUACUAGCAUCCCAGGAAGCCUAUUGAUUUUGAGGUCAAAAGGUCAAGGUCACAGUGACAUGUUUUUAUCUUACCCUUCUGCAGUCAUUGUAAAGAAAUAACUUCAGUUUAACUGAACCUAGGCUCAUGUAAUUUGGUGUGUAUGAUACUAGCAUGGAUCCCAGGAAGUCAAUUGAUUUUGAGGUCAAAAGGUCAAGGUCACAGUGACAUGUUUUCAUCUUACCCUUCUGCAGUCAUUGUAAAGCAAGAACUUCAGUUUAACUGAACCGAGGCUCAUGUAAUUUGGUGUGUAUGAUACUAGCAUGGAUCCCAGGAAGUCAAUUGAUUUUGAGGUCAAGAGGUCAAAGAUCAAGGUUACAGUGACAUACUUUCAUUUUACCCUUCUUAAGUCCUUGUAAACGCGAUAACUUCAGUUUAACUUAACCUAGGCUCAUAUAAUUUGGUUUGUAUGAACUAGCUUGGAUCCUAAGAAGCCUAUUAAUUUUUAGGUCAAAAGGUCAAGUCGCCACCUUUCACUUUUCUUGCUUUACCAAUAACUCCAUUUUCCGCGUUACAGGCGGGUGUAUUUUGUGCACGCCCUAGCGACAUUCUUGUUUAACAUAAAAAUCAAAAAUACAAAAUAUGAAUACAAGAAAAAUUAGAUUAAUCAAUAUACAAAUCAGAAUUUUUACAUACAGUUUCAGAAAAUGAUGAUAUUCUGUUAUUAUGAAGCAAAUCAGAAACAUUAGAUGUCACUAUGAACUAGUGGUUGGUUUUCGUGGUAAUUCUUGUCUCGCCUGCAUAGCAGAGCGAAACUAUAGGCGCUGCUUUUCCGAACGGCAGCGGUGUCGACACCAAUCUUAACUGAUGGUUAAGCUUUUGAAAUGACAUCAUAACUUAGAAAGUAUAUGGACCUAGUUCAUGAAACUUAGACCAAAGGUUAAUCAAGUAUUACUGAACAUCCUGCCUGAGUUUCAGGUCACAUGACCAAGGUCAAAGGUCAUUUAGGGUCAGUGAAGUCAACAAUCUUAACCUAAGGUUAAGUUUUUGAAAUGUCAUCAUAACUUAGAAAGUAUAUGAACCUAGUUCAUGAAACUUGGACUAAAGGGUAACAAAGUUAUUGGAUGGCUCAGAAUGGAAUUACAGAAAUAUGCCAAGAAGUAGGGGAAAUAAUCGCAGAUGAGUGGAAUAAAGGCCCUAUCAAGUGGAAUAUUUGUGGUAUUCCAUGAAAUAAAGCCAUCCAUUAUAAUUAUUAUCUAUCCCACCCCCCCCCCC